AAAACAACGCACGUCAAAGCGGACCGCAACUUCCUGAGCUCUCUGUUUCUUUCCCAAUAGUAGUAGUGCUUCAUUAUGGACACCAAGGUUGGAUCGGUGGACGUGGCGGCGGAGGCGACGGCCAACGGCUUGGUCGGUUUACCGCCGGCCAAACCUUGCCAUCCGAUCAUACCGGUGGCCCCAGCCUCCGGGCUGGGGGAGGCCACCCUCGGCCGCCACCUGGCCCGCCGCCUUGUCCAGGUCGGCGUCAACGACGUCUUCUCCGUACCCGGCGACUUCAAUCUCACCCUCCUCGACCACCUCCUCGCCGAGCCCGGCCUCCGCCUCGUCGGGUGCUGCAACGAGCUCAACGCCGGCUACGCCGCCGACGGCUAUGCCCGUGCCCGCGGCGUCGGCGCCUGCGUCGUUACCUUCACCGUCGGCGGCCUCAGCGUCCUCAACGCUAUCGCCGGCGCCUACAGCGAGAAUCUCCCGGUCAUCUGCAUCGUCGGCGGCCCCAACUCCAACGACUACGGCACCAACCGGAUCCUCCACCACACCAUCGGCCUCUCCGACUUCACCCAGGAGCUCCGCUGCUUCCAGACCGUCACCUGCUUCCAGUCGGUGGUGAAUAACCUCGAGGACGCCCACGAGCUCAUCGACACCGCCAUCUCCACUGCUCUCAAGGAGAGCAAGCCAGUCUACAUCAGCAUUAGCUGCAAUCUCCCCGCCAUCCCUCACCCCACCUUCAGCCGAGAGCCCGUCCCCUUUUUCCUCUCCCCCAAAUUGAGCAACCAGAUGGGUCUGGAGGCGGCGGUGGAGGCGACGGCGGAGUUCUUGAACAAGGCCGUGAAGCCGGUCUUGGUGGGCGGCCCCAAAAUCCGGGUGGCUAAGGCCGGCCAGGCCUUCGUGGAGCUGGCCGAUGCUUGUGGGUACCCAGUGGCCGUGAUGCCCUCGGCCAAGGGCCUCGUACCGGAGCACCACCCGAGCUUCAUCGGCACCUACUGGGGCGCCGUCAGCACCGCCUUCUGCGCCGAGAUUGUGGAGUCCGCGGACGCCUACCUCUUCGCGGGCCCCAUCUUCAACGACUACAGUUCCGUCGGGUAUUCGCUCCUAAUUAAGAAGGAGAAGGCCAUCAUCGUGCAGCCCGAGCGGGUGGUGAUCGCCAACGGCCCGACCUUCGGAUGCAUUCUGAUGAAGGACUUUCUUCGAGCACUCGGCGAGCGGCUCAAGAGGAAUACUACUGCUUACGAGAACUACCGCCGGAUCUUUGUGCCCGAUGGGCAGCCUCCAGAAUGCAAGCCCAAGGAGCCUUUGAGGGUGAAUAUUCUCUUCAAGCACAUCCAGAAGAUGCUGUCGGGCAAUACCGCCGUGAUCGCCGAGACCGGGGACUCAUGGUUUAAUUGCCAGAAGCUCAAAUUGCCAGAGGGCUGUGGAUAUGAGUUCCAAAUGCAGUAUGGAUCCAUUGGUUGGUCGGUGGGGGCCACUCUGGGGUAUGCCCAGGCUGCAAGGGGGAAGCGUGUUAUCGCCUGCAUUGGUGAUGGGAGCUUUCAGGUGACGGCGCAGGACGUGUCGACGAUGCUGCGUUGUGGGCAGAACAGCAUCAUCUUCCUCGUUAACAAUGGGGGUUAUACCAUUGAGGUGGAAAUCCAUGAUGGCCCUUACAAUGUCAUCAAGAACUGGAACUACACUGCCUUCAUGGACGCGAUCCACAAUGGCGAGGGCAAAUGCUGGACUUCAAAGGUUCGCUGUGAAGAGGAGCUCAAGGAGGCGAUUGAUACAGCAAUGGGGCCAAAGAAAGACUGCUUCUGUUUCAUUGAAGUCAUCGUGCACAAGGAUGAUACGAGCAAGGAGCUCCUUGAGUGGGGGUCAAGGGUUUCAGCGGCCAACAGCAGGCCACCCAAUCCCCAGUAAUCUCUUUUUAGAAGUCGAAUUAUCUGAACUGGAGUCCGUAGCUUCUUUCUUUCGUAAUGCUCUGCCGGUUGCCGAGAUAGACCUCUUGUUAUUUGCCCGCCCAUAAAUUCGUGUCCUUAUUACCUUAAAUCAACUGAAUGAAAGCCUCUUCUUUUUCCCUUGGUUCU